UGCACCAUUGAAACAUCAUUUACGUUUUUGAAGGUGCAUCGGUCGUCAUUGAAUCAUUCAAACAAACUAUAAAAUAAUUGAAAAAACAACAGUUUGAGGCAAAAAUGGCUGAUGUAUUGGAACUAGAUAAUGCCGAGGAGUUUGAAGUGGACGAUGAUGGAGACCAGGGAAUUGUUCGGCUUAAGGAAAAAGUCCGAAAGCGCAAGGGCCGCGGUUUCGGCAACGAGAGCACACCCAGAGAACCAAUACAAGACUACGAGCGGGUCCGAAACGAUGACGACGAUGAAUUGGAGCCGGGACCACAACGAUCGGUAGAAGGUUGGAUCUUGUUUGUCACAUCCAUUCACGAAGAAGCUCAAGAGGACGACAUACAGGAGAAAUUUUGCGAGUACGGUGACAUAAAAAACAUUCAUUUGAAUUUGGACCGACGAACUGGCUUCUUGAAAGGCUACGCUUUGGUGGAAUAUGAAACGUACAAACAGGCUUGUGCUGCUAGAGAUGCACUGAAUGGCAGCGCGAUAUUGGGCCAAACCAUUUCCGUUGAUUGGUGUUUCGUCAAAGGACCGAAGAAAAUAAAGAAAAUGGAAAGACGUCGUCGCUGAUUGGAGAUCAUUUCCGGGAGGGACAUGGUGGUCGCAAAAACAUAAACAUAGAAGUAAGAUGUACAACGCAUUUCGUUUAUUAAAAAUGCUAACUUAAAACCACUGUA